AUGAAUGAUGAAGCGAAUACACAUUAUUUCUCAAUGCUUGAUCAACUUAUUGAAGGACAUCAAUUUAUUGAACAUAAAAUAGGAAAUAUUUCAAUAAAAAGUAGUUGGGCUAAUGAUCCAUUUGGUUAUUCACCAACUAUGGCUUAUUUACUGCAAGGUUCUGGUAUUCAACAUCUGGCUAUUCAACGAGUUCAUUAUCAUAUAAAAAAAGCAUUAGCAAAAGAAAAACAAUUAGAAUUUCUUUGGCAACAAACAUGGGAUCGAAGUACUUCUACACGACUUUUUACACAUGUUCUUCCAUUUUAUGCUUAUGAUAUUCCACAUACAUGUGGUCCUGAUCCUAAAAUUUGUUGUCAAUUUGAUUUCAAACGUUCUGCUGAUUCUAAUACGGUUUGUUCAUGGGGAAUAAAUCCCGUAACUAUUAAUGAUAAUAAUGUUCAAGAAAGAGCUGAAUUAUUAUUAGAUCAAUAUAGAAAAAAAGCUCAAUUAUAUCGAACAAAUACUUUAUUUGUUCAAUUAGGUGAUGAUUUUCGUUAUAGAAUGAUGUAUGAAGUUCGAGCUCAAUUCGGAAAUUAUGAUAAAUUAUUAACUUAUAUGAAUAGACGAACAGAUUGGAAUGUUGAUAUUCAAUAUGGUACAUUAAGUGAUUAUUUUGAAAAAGUUUUACAAGAAAAAUCUCUUCAAGAUUUUCCGAGUUAUGUUGGAGACUUUUUUACAUAUGCCGAUCAUGAUGAUAAUUAUUGGAGUGGUUAUUUUACAUCAAGAGCAUUUUUUAAAAGAAUGGAUCGUAUUGCUGAAUCUUAUCUUAGAGCAACCGAAAUACUCUUUUCAAUUGCUCAUGUUAAAUCACUUCAAGAAAAAACAUUCAAUUCUUUUCCAACAAAUGAUCUAUUUGUAUCAUUAAUUCAAGCACGACGAAAUCUUGGUAUUUUUCAACAUCAUGAUGGUAUAACAGGUACAGCUAGAGCUCAUGUAGUUAAUGAUUACGGAAGAAAACUUCUAGCAAUAAUAAAAAUAUCCGAAAUUGUUAUGCAACAAUCAGCUGCUUAUCUUCUAUUUCAAAAUAAUUAUUACUUCAAUACUCAAUAUUUAGUAUUAAGUCAAGAUUUUCCAACAUAUGAAUCAUUACCAAUAAGAAGAAUGCUUACAUUUAUGAAGGGACAACAAUCAAAUCAUAUUAUUUAUAUUUAUAAUCCAACCGAUCGAAAACGAAUUGAACUUGUUAAAAUUUUUACUAAUAUAUAUCAAGUAUAUGUAACCAGUAACAAAAAAUACAUAGAUAAAUGUCAAAUUGAUCCAAAAUGGUCCAGUAGACGAUCAAAUACAAUAGAAGAAAAUCAGUUUGAACUUCUUAUUCAAGUUGAUAUUGAACCAUAUUCUAUAAGGGAGUAUACUAUUCAUAUGACUACAGCACAAGAAAUAUGUCCAAUAACUAAAAUUGAAUAUAUUACUGAAGAAGAAGUACCUGAUUCAACAGCACCGUUUGUAAAGAGAGUAAUUAAAACGAAAUUAAUUGAAAUAAGUAAUCGUUUUCUUGGAAUAAUAUUCUCUAAAACUGGUGAUAUAUUGAGUCUUCAACAUAAAAUAUCUGAUGAACAUAUACGUUUUCAUUCGAAUAUUAUACAAUAUGGAACAUCGAAACAAUCCGAUCAUCAUAGUGGUGCUUAUUUAUUUAUACCGAAUGGAAAUGCACAAGAUAUUCCUACAAAUAAUUAUAAUUUAAUUCGUGUACAACGUGGUCGAUUAAUUAAUCGAAUUGAUUUUAUUCAUGAUAUGUAUAUUAUGCAAUAUAAAUUAACUGAUACAAAAGGUUUAAAUGAUUAUACACUUGAAUUAAGUGUAACAACUCAUUUAAAUAUGAAGAAAGAUACAGAAUUAGCUCUACGAUUUUCUACGGGUAUUAAAAAUGGAGCAGAUUUUUUUACUGAUUUAAAUGGUUUUCAGAUGAUUCGAAGAAAAACUUAUGAUAAAUUACCAUUACAAGGUAAUGUGUAUCCAAUGCCAACAAUGGCUUAUAUUGAAGAUGAUCGCAUGAGAUUUACUAUUCUUGCUAGUCAACCAUCCGGUGUAACAUGUUUAAAACCAGGUAUUAUUGAUGUUUUUCUUGAUCGACGUCUUACUCGUGACGAUGGUCGUGGUUUAGGUGAAGGUGUUAUGGAUAAUCGUGAAACUAUUAGUACAUUUAAAAUUUUAUUUGAACCACGUCGUACAGUACUUAUGGCUGAUCAAACAUCAUUAACUGGUUAUCCAACACUUCUAGCACAUCAUUUAUCUAUUGAACUUCUUUAUCCAACACAUGUAUUUUAUUCAUUAUUAUCUCAAUCAACUUUACAUACAUUAAAUUUAUUUUUUAAACCAUUAUUUCUUCCUAGCGAUUAUCAUUUAGUUAAUUUACGUACAUUAAAUGAUAAUAAUAAUGAUACGAAAUAUAGUUCAUCAAAAAAUCUUGCUUUAAUUCUACGAAGAUUUGCUUAUGAUUGUGAUGAAAGUUAUGAUUCAUUAUUUUAUUCGGAACAAGUUAGAUUUGAGCAUUUAUUUUCAUCAGAUCAAAUCGAAUCAAUAGAACAAACAUCUCUCUCAUUACGACAUAUAAAAGAAAAAUUAAAUAUUACAUCUCAACUUGUUGUUCCAUUUGCUGAACUUGUUACUUAUAAAAUACGUUUUAUGUGA